UUCAGAGCGAGAAGAAAGAUGGCGUCACGUGACCGUCGGGCCCGCCGUGUUUCAGAGCGAGAAGAAAGAUGGCGUCAGAGCGACCUGAGCGGGACGCCGGCCAUUCGCUUUAAGCUUUCCGCAUCAAAUUGGGACCGGGGCUUUGGUGGGUCUUUUUCACACCGUGACAGGAGAGGGUCUUUUUCCUUCGGAUAGUCUUUUUCUUCGGUUCGGUUGAGCUACUUCACCACCGAGAUUGAAGCGGAAAAGAAGACACUGUUUCCUACAAUGAGGGGGAGAAGAGGAAGGCCGCCCAAACAGGCGGGGAUGCGGGAGGGAUCGCCCGGGCCAGUGCGCGGCUCUAGAGGCAGCAGGAGUAGGGGUCUGCGGGGCCGGGGAAGGGGCAGGGGACGCGGCCGGGGUCGGGGUGCAGGUGUUGUUGGUGGUUGUGUUGAAGUGGAUGCCGAGAUGCUUGGAAGGGAGAACUUUAACUCUUCUCGGGGGCGCAGGAAACUUGGAGCCGCUGUGGCGCCGUCGCGGGGUCGAGGCGGUCGAGGAAGAGGAAGGGGCGCCCGGGGCAGAGGCGGCGUGAGGCGGCCUCAGACCAAGGUGGUCUACGAUGACAACAGCGAUGAGGAGGACGAUAAUAUCAGUUACCGGUCGGAAGAAGACGAGCUCUUAAACGAAAACCGCUCGUCGGGUCUGGAAGAGGAGGCCCUGGGAAACGACUCUGACUACCUGGAGGAGUUACCGGAGGAAGAUGACGCCAGCUACGGCACGGAGAGCAGCUUCAGGAGCCACAGUACGCACGGCAGUACUCCAGGUCGGAGAAGGAGCCGGGCACCGCGUCCCCGCUCCCCCAUCCUGGAGGCCAAGGACGUGCCCCCCCUGGAGCUACCCAAGUCCUCGGAGGACCUCCUCAUCCCGGCUGCGCGCCUCCUGGACGUUGCUGCCGUCUACGAGGUGCUGCGCCACUUUGGCUCGGUGCUGCGCCUCUCGCCCUUCCGCUUCGAGGACUUUGCGGCGGCGCUGGCGGGACAGGAGCAGUGCACGCUGCUGGCGGAGACGCACUCCUCGCUGCUGAAGGCUAUCCUGCGCGAGGAGGACACUUCCAGCACCACCUUCGGGCCCGCCGACCUCAAGGACUCGGUGCACUCCACACUGUACUUCGUGGACGGCAUGACGUGGCCCGAGGUGGUGCGGGCAUACUGCGAGAGCGACGGGGAGUACCGCCACGUGCUGCCCUGCCAGGAGAGCGAGGAGUACCCAUACGAGCCGCUAGAGAGCAAGGUGCAGGUGCUGCAGUUCCUGGUGGACCAGUUCCUGGCCACCAACAUCGCGCGCGAGGAGCUGAUGUCGGAGGGUGUAGUGGCGUACGACGACCACUGCCGUGUGUGCCACCGGCUGGGCGACCUGCUGUGCUGCGAGACCUGCUCGGCCGUGUACCACCUGGAGUGCGUCAAGCCGCCGCUUCAGGAGGUGCCGGAGGACGAGUGGCAGUGCGAGGUGUGCGUGGCGCACAAGGUGGCCGGCGUGGUGGACUGCGUGCCCGAGGUGCAGAGGAAUCGGCCGUACAUCCGCCAGCUGCCCAUGGGCUUCGACCGCCACCGCCGGAAGUACUGGUUCCUUAACCGCCGCAUCGUUGUCGAGGAGGAUGGUGACAAGGAAGACAAGACGAUGUGGUACUACAGCACCAAGGUGCAGCUAGCCGAGUUGAUUGACAGCCUGGACAAGCAGUUCUGGGAGGCGGACCUGUACGCGGCACUGGAGGAGAUGCGUGAGGAGAUCCACACCCACAUGGACAUCACGGAGGACCUCACGAACAAGGCCCGCGGCAGCAACAAGUGCUUCCUGACCGCCGCCAACGAGGAAAUAGUGGAUCGUCUACGAGCGAAGCAGGAGGAAGAGCUGGAGGAGGUGAAGCGGCGAGCGGCCUUGGAGGUCCAGAAGGUGCGUUUGGCACAAACGAAGGAGGACGUGAACAUCGAGGAGGAGGAGGAACAGGCCAAGGGGGACGGGUCACAGGAGGAAGAGGUUAAAAGUCAACUUAAGCAGGAGGCCAAAGAGGAGAAGGAGGCUGAGGAUGAGGAAAUCACAGCUACAGCCACAGGUACGGGUCAGGAAGGCAGCAGCUUCCCCAGCAGCAGUAGCAUCACAGAGGAACCCAAGCCCUCCACAGGCGCUCCAGUACCAGCUGUUCCCAGUGCUGAGAGCUCAUGCCUGGCCUUGGGGCCACCUAAGGCCCCUGCCUCCACUGGAGAGUGUCGGGGAGAGGGAGCUUCCACUAUGCAGGUCACUGACAAAGGCCAAGACACCACAGACUCGGGCCCCCUGCCCAGCCAAGAGGGCAUGCCCGGUCUGAGCCAGUCCACCCAGCCCAGCGAGGACAGCGGGCCCAGUACCGGGGUCCCCAGCUCCAGGCCAGAAACCCCCGACCUGGCCGACAAAUCCUCCCAGUCGUCGCUGGCCAGCAUGGAGGACUCGGGGGACAACAAGGACCAGGCUAAUGGAGAGGGGCCCGGUUCUGGGGCCAAGCGCUCUGGGGCCACUCGCAUGGUAACCAGGCUCAGGAACCCAGAGAGCAAACUGAGCCAGCUGAAAAGCCAGCAGGUAGCCGCCGCCGUCCAGCAGGGUUUCAGGGAGGGGAAGGAGGUGCUGGUGGUAAACGCGCAGGGAGACGUGACGCGAGUCAGCACACGCAGCUCCAAGGACGGGCUAAAGAGCGCCCUUGGGAACUUCUUCAAGCUGGGCCAGGAGGGGAAGUACCGGGUCUACCACAACCAGUACAGCACCAAUACGCUGGCCCUGAACAAGCACCAGCACCGGGAGGACCAUGACAAGCGGCGUCACCUGUCCCAUAAGUUCUGCAUGACUCCAGCGGGGGAUUUCAAGUGGAACGGCUCCAUCCACGGCUCGAAGGUGCUGACCAUCUCCACGCUGCGCCUCACCAUCGUCCAGCUGGAGAACAACGUGCCCGCCCCUUUCAUGCACCCCAACUGGGCAUCUCACAGGAUCAACUGGAUAAAGGCCGUGCAGAUGUGCAGCAAAGCCAGAGAGUUUGCUCUGGCUCUGGCCAUCCUGGAGUGUGCCAUCAAACCUGUAGCCAUGCUGCCUGUCUGGAAGGACUCCCUUGGACACACAAGACUCCACCGCAUGACGUCCAUCGAGCGCGAGGAGAAGGAGAAGCUGAAGAAGAGGGAGAGGAAGCUGGAAGAAGAGGAGACCAUGCAACAAGCAACCUGGGUCAAAUACACCUUCCCUAUCAAACACCAGGUGUGGAAGCAGAAGGGGGAAGAGUACCGGGUCACGGGGUACGGAGGCUGGAGCUGGAUCAGUAAGACCCACGUACAGCGCUUCCACCCCAAGCUGCCCGGGAACACAAACCCAAAUUACCGCAAGGAACUGGAAGAUGCCAAAUUUGGCGAGAAAUGCACUCUGCUAGACCUGGGCAGAAGGCCCGUAACAGGGACACAAGAUGAACCUCAGGAAGCUCCAGCGAACAGCAUCCAGGAGCCCUUGGACUCCUCCAUCACCCCCGAGGAUCCAACAGAACACUGUCAGAAGGCUGAGAAGGGUAAGGAGGAGGAAGUGGAGAUGGGGAAGGAGGAGGGGAUGAAGACUGAGGAGGGGAAGGAGGAGGAGAUGGGGAUGGAGAAGAAGAAGAAGGAGAGAAAGGUAGAUGUGGAGGACAAGAUGGAGGUGGAUCCUGGAGUUGAGAGACCAGAUAAAGUUGAUGCCCAUCCAGGGACCAGUUUGCCAGAAAUGGAGGCCAGCACAAAGCAGGAGCCCGCUGCUGUGUGUGAGCGCCCCUUCAACUACGACGUUGUUGAUGUCAGCAAGGGCUUCCUGACCCGUGUCGCCUACAAGAUGCUCAAGGCCUCAAAGCUGGACGGUCUACUAGAUCGGCGAGUCAAACAACACACACUAGAGGAGAAGCAGAGGCAACAGGUCCCGACCUCCAAACCCCCGGCAGCCUCACAGCCUUCGGAGACUCCUUCCUCAGCACCGGGCACCCUGGUCCGGACGAGGUCUCCACUAAAGCCCCUGGCUUUGGCUCUGGCCCAGGUUCAGCGCACGACCUUGGCGGAAGUCAAGACCCAGUCAUGUCCCUCUUUAGCAGGGACUCCUGGGUCAGGGACGGUGAAAGAGGAGGAGGCAGACUUGAAACCUGCACAGGAGAGUGCUUCUCAUCCCCUGGCCCUUCCUACUGCAGGCACCCCAUCUAGAGACCGUACUGGUUUGGAAUCACCUUCAUUAAAAAAACAGACACAGGAAAUGGGUCUGCAGCAAAGGACUACAGGGCCCAAUGCAGCUGUUUCUAGCAGCACAAAGCAAGAGGGUCCCUCACUGUGUGAGGAAUCAGUGGCCUCGUCUGUACAACCCACUCAGAGCUCUUCGGGGCAACCAACUGCAUGCAUUCUAGCAGACAUAGGCAAGCCUCGAGGUACUGAUCAUGGCAGUCCUGAGGUCUCUGUGCCUAAAUCAUCUGAACCUGAUAAUCUUGUAACUCUGAAGGCAGAAGAAAGGUGCAAAGAAGAGCAUCAGCAGAAGAUCCAAGAGGUCAGUCAAGGCAGACCGAUGGAGGCAAACCCAGUUCCUGUUCAGAUGAACGGCAAAGACAGCCUGGAGGGGGAUGUGGAGGAGACGACUAGCCUCUGCAUCAAAGUCAAUAACAGCGUGGAUAAGGUGGGGGAGGGAGAUAGUCGCCCUGCUUUGCCCAAGGCAAAGCAGCUGGUCAAUGGAGACAUGGUCUCGCUGAACGACAAGUCAGAAGCAAUGAGAAGCGUUGAACCGCACCCGGCUCCCAGCCGGAAAGAGACCGAGUGCCAGAGGGUUGCUUUGGACCAGGACCUCCAGCCUCCAGUGAAGAUCGCAAGGCUGGAGAGCAGUGUAGUGGCGCCCCCCCCCAGCAUUACCCAACAGGACAGCACCACGGAGGGCCGGAGGAAAGCAGCGGUGAGGGUCAUCCGCAUGCCUCCCUCCCCUGUCCCCUCGGCCCAGUAUCCCAGCGCGGGGGGCAGUCUCAUGGAGGAGGGCGGUGAAGGCGCAGAGCAGAGGACCACGGUUUCCAUGGCAACAAAGAUCGCCAAAGUGCCGGAGAGCAGUUUUGGAAACACAGCAGCGCCCGAGUGUAGCGCAGUAUCCAACCUCACUACGAUGACCAAAUUUUACUCCCCCAGCCCCGACUGCCAAUCAGAAGACAGCCAGAGCGAAACAUUGACGCAAGAGCAAAGGACGUUGCUGUCGGCCUCCUACAGCAUGCUGAACGGAGACGGUAAUAUGGUGGCGGUGAUCCAAUCGUUCUCCACCAAGGGCCGUGUCCGCCUCCUCAAAUUCUCACGCACCAAGAAGGCCCGGUCGGACACGGCGCUGCCCUCCUACAGGAAGUUUGUUACCAAGAGCAACCGCAAGAGUAUUUUUGUGUUGCCCAGCGAUGACCUGAAGGUGCUGGCCAGACGGGGAGGUCUGCGGGAGGUGUCCAUCUUCAACUACAACGCCAAGCCGGCCCAGGACAUCUGGCCAUACCCCUCUCCAAGGCCCACCUUCGGGAUCACCUGGAGGUACCGCCUCCAGACGGUGCGCUCGCUGGCGGGGCUCAGCCUGAUGCUGAGGCUCCUCUGGGCCUGUCUGCGCUGGGACGACAUGGCCGUCAAGCCCUCCUCCGCCGUCGGGACCACCCGCACCGAAACGUCGGACACGGAGAUCACCACCACAGAGAUCAUCAAGAGAAGAGACGUCGGCCCGUACGGCAUCCGCUCCGAGUACUGCAUCCGCAAGAUCAUCUGCCCCCUGGGGCUGCCCGACACGCCAAAAGAGACCCACACACCCCAGAGGAAAGGCCUGCGCUCCAGUGCCCUGCGGCCCAAGAAGCCGGAGCCUGCCAAACAGACGGGCCCCAUCGUGAUCGAGACCUGGGUGGCAGAGGAAGAGCUCGACCUCUGGGAGAUCAGAGCCUUCUCAGAGAGGGUGGAGAAAGAGAAGGCUCAGGCUGCUGAAAAUGCCAAGAAGCGUCUGGAUCAGAAGCCGGGCUCAGCGUCAGUCUCCACUCCGUCUGGCACCACGUCGGCCAGCGUCAUGGUGGGCUCGUUGGCGGGACAGGUGACCGCUGGCACCAAGGUGGUUCUCACGACCAAGAUGGGCACCCCCGUCACAUUCCAACAGAACAAGAACUUCCAGCAGUCCUUUGCCACAUGGGUCAAACAGGGCCAGACCACGCAAGGGACGGUCAGUACCACCGCUGGACAGACCUUCCAGAUUACAGGGGCCUCGGUAGGAGGGAAGGUUCUGACUGCUAAGCUACCACUGCCCGCCAACAGCAAGAUAGUCAAGGUCAACGUGCCCGCCGCACCAGGAGGUAUGAUGCAGCAGAAGGUGCUGGGCAUCAUCCCAUCCGGCACUGCGGGUGGAGCACAGACCUAUACCACCUUCCAACCCCGCACGGCCACCCUCAACAUUAGACCCAACACCCCGGGAUCCCCUCAGCAGCAGAUGCUGCCUGCUGGAGGUCAGAUCCGGCCAGGAAUGACAGUGAUCAGAACACCCGUCCAGCAGGCGGGAGCUCUCGGCAAGACCAUCCUGCGAACCCCCCUUGUGGUUCAGCAAGGUCAUAGCGGGCAGCAGGUUGUCACCCAGAUCAUCCGUGGCCAGGCUGUCACCACAACAGUAGCCAGCCCCGCCCCCACAGGCCAACGGCUAGCCGGCCCCCUGGGGCUCGGGCAGACCGCCAUCCCGCGACCUCAACAGGGCCAGUUCAAACUGACCCUCACCCAGCUGUCCCAGCUAACCCAGAAGCAGCAGGGGGUGGCGGGGGCAGAGCGUCCAGCGGUGGGGGGCAUGUCCGCGGGCGUGGCCCAGCAGGGCCUGACGGUGAUGGUGCAGGGCCAGGGCCAGACGGCGGGCCAGCUGCAGGUCAUCCCCCAGGGGGUGACUGUGAUCCCCGGGCCAGGUCAGCAGCUCAUGCAGGCGGCCUUGCCCAACGGACAAUUCCAGCGCUUCCUAUUCACCCCGGUUGCAUCCGCAGCCACGCCCACAGCUACGGUAGUCUCAGGCCUGCUCCAGACCUCCACCAAGGCCCCAGCCCAGCCCGCUCAGCAGGCGGCCGCCCCCGUGCAGGCGGGGGCAACGCCCCAGGCCGCGCCUGGCACCCCCCCUCUGGUCACGCCACAGGGACAGCUGCCCCCCCAGACCCAGGCCCACAUGCCCAUCCAGUCCCCUACGCCCCUCCAGGUGAAGGCGCAGGCGGGCCGCGCCCCUCUGCAGCCGGCCCCCCAGGUGGUGGGUGUGCCCGGGCUGCAGCCCCAGGUGGGCAACGUGGUGACCAUCCAGACGGCCUCGGUGCAGGAGCAGCUCCAGAGGAUUCAGCAGCUCAGGGAGCAACAGCAGCAGAAGAAGAAGCAGGCGGCCGAGGCCAAGCGGGAGCAGACCCCCCACACCGCCGGACACCUGCUGCAGAAACAGGUGGUGAUGAAGCAGAAUGCCGUCAUCGAACAUUUGAAGCAAAAGAAGACCAUGACACCUGCUGAGAGGGAGGAAAACCAGAGGAUGAUCACGUGCAACCAGGUAAUGAAGUACAUCCUGGACCGCAUCGACCGCGACGAGAAGCAGACUGCCAAGAGGCGCCGGAAGGAGGAGGUGGUGGAGCAGAAGAGGAGGAACGCCAAUGCCAGCAAGCUGUCCUCACUGUUGUACCGCCACAAGGAGAGCCUCAAGACGGAGAUCCUGAAAAAGAGGGCGCUGCUGGACAAGGAGUUGCAGCUGCAGGCCCAGGAGGAGCUGAAGAGGGACCUGCUGCGGAUGCGGCGGGAGAAGGAGAGAGCCCAGGCCGCCGCCCACAACACCCCACACCACCAACACGCCCCCUUCGGCAAGGGACACGCCCCCCCCGCCCAGCACCACCAUCAUCAUCAUCAUCAACAGCAGCACCACCCUGCCUCCGCCUCUCCGCUCAGGGCCGGCCCAGUCCCCGCUGGCCACAAGAGGAAGAGGGAGGGCCCCGCGGGGCUGGGGGCUGCUACGGCCAGCGCCAAGGGAAAGAGGAAGAAGAUGAUCUCCACCACAAGCUCCAAGGAGAACCGCAAGGACAUCAAGCUGUACUGCGUCUGCAAGACGCCCUACGACGAGUCCAAGUUCUACAUCGGCUGCGACCUGUGCACCAACUGGUACCACGGCGAGUGUGUGGGCAUCACGGAGAAGGAGGCCAAGAAGAUGGACGACUACAUCUGCGCCGAGUGCAAGAGGGCACAGGAGGGGAACACUGAGGAGCUUUACUGCAUCUGCCAGACACCCUACGAUGAGUCCCAGUUCUACAUCGGCUGCGACCGCUGCCAAAACUGGUACCACGGGCGAUGCGUGGGCAUCCUGCAGAGUGAGGCCACCCACAUCGACCAAUACGUGUGUCCACAGUGCCAGUCCACAGAGGACGCCAUGACCGUGCUCACGCCGCUCACCGACAAGGACAACGAGGGCCUGAGGAGAAUCCUGCGCUCGCUGCAGGCCCAUAAAAUGGCGUGGCCCUUCCUGGAGCCCGUGGACACCAACGACGCCCCGGACUACUACCGGGUCAUCAAGGAACCCAUGGACCUCUCCACCAUGGAGGACCGGCUGCAGCGGCGAGACUACGUCAAGCUGACGGAGUUUGUUGCGGACAUGACCAAAAUCUUUGACAACUGCCGCUACUACAACCCAAGCGACUCGCCCUUCUACCAGUGUGCCGAGGUCCUGGAGAACUUCUUCGUCCAGAAGCUCAAGGGCUUCAAGGCCAGCAGGUCUCAUAACAACAAGCUCACUUCAGCUGCUUCCUAGAUCCGCUCUCCACACAUACUCUGUCCUACACACACUCCCGCUCUCUCAAACUAUUCCUCAACAUGCAGGCCCCUGGACCCAGCAGACACUCAGAGCUUCAGUCCCAGCCCCCGACACCGCUUCCAGACUGAAGGCCUGCUGCCCAGCCUUCUCACCCCAAGCCCCCUCACCCCCAGAACUCUCACCCCCAAGCCCUCACCCUCUGCUGUGGCUACAGACCCUUGGAUUUGGGCCACCUUUUCUAUCCAUCAUGUUGAGGAGACGCAGGGCUUCAUUCGUAGGGUGCAGGAUGUUACAUGGAGACGGAGGAGAUGGUUUUGGAAGUGGUGUGCUACAAGGGGGUGGUGGUGGUGGUGCAGCAGUGACAGAUACGUUCACUAGUGAGUGGGACUCCAUGAGUAGGGGGACCCCCUACUCAUGCUAAGGGGCUUUUGAGCAGUCUGAACUUUUUGGGAUGAUAAAAGACAUAGAAACUGACAAGCCGUGUCUUUUCCAUGUUUCAUUUCAAUCUCAAGUACAGCUACUGUAUUUUUCUUAAAAAUAAAUACAAUAUUUUCUGUUACGCUGAAA